GUAUAUUAAAAAGAUUAUUAAAAAACAACAAAAGAAAAAUGUUAAUUUAGCAAAAGGAACACAAAAAUUAGUUAGAAUGUUGUCCAGAAAAAACAAAGAUUUACGAACUAUAAAAGAAGGUGUUGUUGGGAAAUAUGUUAAGAAAGAUACACCGCCUGAAAUGCCAAUUAUCAAUGUGUGGACAACCGAACCGAAACGGAAAAGUCAAAGCAGACGUGGUACAUUACCACCACCUUCUUCAGCAACCAUGAGUAGUAAUUCCCCGCAAAUGAAUAGCAACGUACAAAAGUUUGGUAAUCAAAAACCAACCACAAGUGCUGUUGGUCUUGGUGCUCAUGAAGGCAAAUAUACACCUAGUGCUUCAGUACCUGAUUUAGCUACACGAUUUGCUAGUUUAGGUGUUGGUGGCGAGCAUGCAUAUCAGUCGGGUGGUAUGGUACGAAAAUCAACGCCAGUCUCUUCUUCAUCGUUCACCUAUUUAAAUUAUUUCACUGAUUCAUCAUAUCAAACUGAAAAUACAUUAAAUGCUAAUAAUGCGAAUUACGUGGAAAUUGAACAAUUAGAUCGAAUGUGCUAUCAAACUCAAGAAUCCAGAGAUAAUAAUUCAUCAUCACCGAUUUAUCAAAAUACAUCGAAUGAUCCAAAUUAUCCAACAAAUUAUUAUACCCGACAGCAAAAAUUAUCACCGAUUUAUACAAAUACAUAUAAUGAUCCAAAUGUGGACCAUUAUCGGGAACAUUUAGGACAAGCAAUGACGUAUGGUGAAAGUUUAGUCCAUUCAUCCAGAAAUAAUUUACAUGUAAGAGUUAAUACCCCACAAGGUGUUUCAAAUCAAACUGUUGAAACGGAAGAAUUACCCUUACCUCCUGGUUGGUCCGUGGAUUAUACAUUACGUGGUCGCAAAUAUUAUAUGGAUCAUAAUACAAAAACAACUCAUUGGUCACAUCCAUUAGAACGAGAAGGUCUACCAAAUGGUUGGCAACGGAUUGAAUCUCCACAAUAUGGCGUUUAUUAUUGGAAUUACAUAACACGAUGUGCUCAAUACGAACAUCCGUGUCUUACAUGGCAUCAAGUUGAUAUACGACAAGCUCCACCACCACCUAGACAUACAAGUUUUCAUCCUCAUAGUGUUUUGGUACCAGCUAAUCCGUAUUUGAAUGAAGAAAUUCCACACUGGCUUGAUGUUUAUUCAAAAGCAAGUCCAGAUUUGGAUCAUAAAUUACGAUGGGAUAUGUUCCGUCUUUCUGAAUUGGAUUGUUUUAAUGCUAUGUUAACCAGGCUUUAUAAACAAGAAUUAAAGGAAAUUGUUAUGAGAUACGAAGCGUAUAGAUCAUCUUUACUUAUGGAAAUGGAAAGUAGACGUGCUCAUGCCCCUGAAUCAAAUGCGUAAAUCCAUCCAAAAAUUGUUUUUCUUGAGUACAAACUCCAGGUAAUUUUAAACAUUUAUAAAAAUUUCCAACGCUAUUAUGGAUUAUUUAAUUUUGGAAUGCUAAAUGGAUAGAGCCCCUUUAAAUGAAUUUUCCCCUUCACCCAUUUGUUUUAACGAUGUAAGAUAUUAAUUAGAUAAUAAGGUGGAUCGGAAAAGUCUUUUUAUUUUUAUUUUAAUACAUAUAUACAGAGAAAACAUCCAGAAAAAAAGGACAAGAAUCUUGAAUUUUGGAAUCUCUUUAUAUUUUAUACAUGAAGUGCAUAAAUUUGAAAGGA